CAACACUCUCCAUCAUUUGCUGAAGGCAUCUUCACAGAAAGCAAAACUAAUCCAUCUCUCUAUCUUACCUACAAGAGUCAGAAGACGGAGAUAAGAAGGAGAGACAAUUGGGAGCACUAGCAGCAUGGAAGAAGUUGUCACCUGUUUUUUGAAAAGCUUACCUGUAGUUUCCUUGAUAAUAUGUUGCAUAAGUUUGACAGGAACUGCAGAGGACCAAAACAAACUGGAGAGAAUAGAGAUGUGCAGCACCAAAUGUUCACAGGGUCUCAACUGUGAGACAUCCCACUCCCUGUUCUCUUCGGUGUGUCAGACCCCUUCUGAUGAUUUUAAAACAUCACCAGUGUUUCAGGACAUCAAUCUGUCCACAGUGCUGAGGUGUGAGGAGAGACAAAAGUGCUCAUUGCAUCUGAGCAUUCAAAUGAGGAUGCGAAUAAGAGACUCUAUUCACGGCGUGUCCAUCUGUACCUUGCGCCACGGACUGAUACCUAACUGCAAAGUCAUCAGCUUCAGCAAAGACUCAAUAGAGUCAGGAUCACUGGUUGACAUAGAAAAUGACUGUACUAAGAUAUCACUUAGUCAAAAAGUCCUUUUAACAGUAGAAACGGUCCCCCGUUACUGCAACACCAACUGGACUCAAGUUUAUACAGCUCCAGGAUGCAGCAAUAGAGAUCUUCAACAGCAUGUUCCUGACUGCAUCAUCCACCCCACAUCUGCGGGUGUGUGGAUCUCAGCAGGUAAACUCUUGUACAAAGUGAAUCCAGAGGAGAAGUCCAUCACUGUCGAUGUGAUUGAUUUCCACGAAGGCCACAACUACAACCUGCGCCUGUGCCACGCCAAAGGCUUCAUCUGUACAAGCACUGGACCUCUAGCUGUGAUAAAAAAGGAGGAUACCAUAAAGAGGGCCACUCUUUCCUAUUCCAGACUGGUGCCUUGUCUUUGCAUUGAGGGCUGGUCUGCUGUCCUUGAUGCCCGCAGAGUCCAGGUGUGCCCAUUCAAACAGUAUGUGGAGGAGCUGUGGACUGGGAUCACCUUUGACCCCAUUGAAUCAUCACUGUCAUGGCAACCCUUGUGCCCGGUUACUGCACGGGUUACACUUUGCCAAAAACAAGAACAUGGCGACUGCAUCAAUCUCCCAAACACCUCCCAUAAUGUCACCAGGCAAAAGGUUAAGUUUGCUGGUGUGGAGUCACACCCUCAGCUGUGCAUGAAGUUUUCUGUAAAUUCUGAAGACUGGAUCCGAUGUCCUUUUGGUGAUCAACGAUUCACAGCCUGGGAGGUGUCCAGACAUCCUGAGGGAGCUGUUCUUCUAUACUCACCUGCUCGUGGGAUCUUCUCAGUGGAGCUGUGUGAAGUGGAGUCUAUGAUGCCACCAAAAACCUGCCAGUCGGCACAUAACUAUACCAUCAAAGUGGAGAAUCGGACAUCAGUUGAAGUACCAUUACCAAGUGAGCUUCUUCAUAGAACAUUUUGCCUUCAGGUUAGAAGGCAGGAUGUACGCUACUCGGUCACACUUGUUCACUGUUUUGAUCCAAUUUUACAAAUAUAUUCAAAUACGUCUGUAAAUCCCUCAUGGAUCAUUGUGCCCACUGGAGCCCUGCUUGCUCUUGUCAUUCUUAUCGCUUUGAUGCUGCACGUUUGUUUAACUGUUCACCAGAGAAGGACCCAGAAGGAAAAAAAUGGCUCAUGUCCCUAUGAAAAGCAAAAAGAUUAUACUUGUGUAUUUAUGGUGUCUGCAUUACCCAGUAAAUCAGCUCUACUUGGUGAAGCCUUUGUUCCCGUCUCACCUCAGAAUAGGAGCAAUGAGAAAGCCAUCCUCCUGUCUGACUGAAGUGUUACAGGGACCAGGAACUCAGAAACAACAGCAUCUGUCAGUAAUAAUGUAAAAUUAGGCCUGUAUAUACUGUAAGCGCAAUGUAUUUGAUGAAACUUUUGUGCACACCACUGUUAGAGACAAAACCUUGUCAAAACUAUGUUACAAAUGUGUUACGUUCUUGGUUUUAUGCCACGCUGAAUGUUUUUUACUCUACUCUUGAUGUUGGAGUUUGGUGUUGACUGUUGCAAUUUAAUUUUAUACUGUAUUAACUCAAGUUGCAGCUACUUACUAAUCACUGUUUUCUAAAGUUAUUGUUUUAUAUUUUCAA